AGCGGCGCGUGCGCGGGCGCGGCCUCGGCGCAGCUCCAGCGGAGCGUCGUGGGAACCGCGGCCGGAGCUGGCAGGAGCCAUGCUGUCACCCGAGGCGGAGCGGAUCCUGCGGUACCUGGUCGAGGUGGAGGAACUCGCGGAGGAGGUGCUGGCGGACAAGCGGCAGAUUGUGGACCUGGACACCAAAAGGAAUCAGAACCGGGAGGGCCUGAGGGCCCUACAGAAGGAUCUCAGCCUCUCUGAGGAUGUGAUGGUUUGCUUUGGGAGCAUGUUUAUCAAGAUGCCUCACCCUCAGACGAAGGAAAUGAUUGAGAAAGAUCAGGACCACCUGGAUAAAGAAAUAGAAAAACUCCGGAAACAACUUAAAGUGAAGGUCAACCGCCUCUUUGAGGCCCAAGGCAAACCGGAGCUGAAGGGUUUUAAUCUGAAUCCCCUCAACCAGGAUGAGCUUAAAGCUCUCAAGGUCAUCUUGAAAGGAUGAGACUCAAGUACCAAGAUGGGGGACCUACGACCAGCAUCCCCCCCCUGCGGUUGCGGAGGACCCUGGAAACCUGCAAGGACAGAAUCGGCCCUGUCAGGGCAUAGGCUUCAGAAAUAUGUCUGUGGCUCCUCUAUGAAGCCCUGUCUGCAGUGCUUGGCUGCUGUGAUGGCAGGAGGGACCCCUCAGCUCGUCCCUGUCUGCUGCCUGACCACUGAGGGUCAGUGGAUACAAGGCUUAUUGACAGGCCCUGCUGCCACCAGUAGGUGUGUGGGGGUGUUGAAUGACUACAGAGGCACUUCUCAACAAUGGCCUGCUGUCCAGAUGGGCCCUGGGAGGGGAGAAGGGAGGAGGCGUGCAAGCUUCAGGCCAGCAUUCCUCUCAGAGGGAGAGGCCUUUCAGGCAGCGUGAGUAACAAUUGAAGCAGAGCAGGAGGCUGGGCUGGCAGGUGGCUUCUGAAUGAAGCUUGGACUCUUGGUCCUCUGUUCAUCUCUGCCAUCACGGGGCGAACCCACAUCCCCCCUCCCCCCAGUUUUGUCCUUCCUGCUGGCUUUCCGGAGCAGGUGCUGCUUAUCAAGCCCCAGGGCUGCUCUCUCAUAGGGGGCCUUGCAGAGUGCCACAGCAGGGAGGGGCGGGUGGGCCUUCCUCCAGCUCAUGUUCUUAUCUAGUGCCUCUGAAAGCUUUUAAAGGUGGCCAGUGCUGCUCAGUCUGGGCUUCUUCCUGGCCCAAGAUGCUAGGAUAUAUGUGCUGUGAGGACAACUGUCCUUUGUGUAUAUUGAAGGAUCAAUAAAUGUUAGCUACAUGAACA